AUGACCAAGUCCAAGUCGCGCAAGGCGAAGCGCGGGAAGAAGGCGGUGAGCCCCAAGCACGAGGCGGCCGGCGACGACGACAGCGUCCGCCCGGCCGAAACCGCGACUUCCGACGACGCCGACGAGUUCUUUGAUGCAGACCCGAGCAUCGUCGAGUCGCCAGCGGACAUUGAGGUCGAGGCCGAGCCCACGAUUCGCCACUUGGGCAGCGACGAUGGAACGUACUUUGACACGGUCGCUCACGAAUUGGCGGCGCACGAGGCCGACGACGCGGACGAGUCGUUGAUGGACGCCGUAGCCGCCGACGCCGAGGCGAGUGCAGAGAGCGAGGCGGCGGAAGAGCCUCUCCAAGACACCGAGAUGAACGAAGCGACCAAACGCGCCGAAGAGCGUACCGAAGACGCACUAGCUCAAGUCACCCGUCUGGACGGAGAAGAUACUGGAAACGACGAUGCAUCGCACGACGGUGACAGCGAUGCGGGCGCGCUGGAAGCCAGCGAUGUGGCCAGCGCCGAGCCGAGCACUGCGGAAGAGACCGAGAUCAAUGCACCGCUGCAAGAAGAAGACACGACUCUCGCCACCGACGUCGCUGACGAAGCACUACCCAGUGACGGCGAGGCAGACGACACGCCGCGUCACGAUGUGGUGACGGAAGAUGCGUCAACCAUUGAGACAGCGGACGACGCAUCGUCGAUUGAGACAGCUCACGCCGUUCAACCCUUCGGCGCGACAGCUGACGACGUGACCUCCGUAAGCGAAGAGGCGACAACCGAUGCACCCUCGCUGCAAAUGGCAACGGAUGCGCCGUCACCUCUCGAUGACGCCGACGAUAGCGACGCUAUUGAAACCCUCGACGAAGCCACCGAUGCGACACCCGUGGCGGAGCUCAAGACCACCGACGAAGACGACGAUGUGGGGCUUCCAACGCUCGACGACGCUGCUGCAACCGACGUCGACGAAGCGCACGACGGCGAGGGGCCGGACGACGCAAUCGCGGUCGGCAUCGAGGACGAUCCUGCGACAGACCUGCCCGUCCAAGGCAACGACGAGACUCAAAACGUCCCCAAUGAACGUGGCACUGUCGACGUGGUGGAAACCAUGGUGGCGCCGGUCGCGAUGGACGACGAUGACGACAACGAUGCAGUCGUGCCACCGCCGGCGCCCGUCACUGCGCCGCGUCCCGUGACCGAGCGCCUUUUGAGCGGGCAGACACAAUUCGAAGGAGUCCUCAACCCCGGCCACGACAGCGAGUCCGACUCGGAGGACGACGAUGCGGAGAGUACGCCAGUGCCUGAGCCACUCAACCUUCGCGCCGCACCGGUCGACGACGACGACGAGCUCGAGGUCAACGUCGAGAUCGCGCAAACCAUCACCAAGGCUGCACCGACCAACCCGCUGGCCAACGCAAUGGCCACGGCGGUAGCCGAGACAGCGAUGGUUCCAGAGACGGCGGUGGCACCCGAGACAAUGGCGUUUUCUGCGUUUGACGAGCCGGAGAAGAGUGCGUCGGCGGAUGUCUUUGGCAUCGCGUACGAAAAGGUCCAGCGACCGACAGCCUCGGCGACCGCCGGAUACUCAAUCGGUGACGGAUUCGACGAGCCCGACAUCCCGCUGUACUCGGCCAAGUCGACACGCGACGACAGCGGCGUCGAUGACUUCGAAGUUGUUGAGCUCCAACCUUCCCAAGUACUCGACGUUGAGAAGACACGCGCCGCGUUGCAGGCCCGCGACCAAGCCUCGGAGCGAGCGCUCUUGGAGCAAAUGCAAGCCGCGACCCGCGCCGAGCGCAGUGCGAACGCACGGUCUGACGCGCCCGUCGUCACUGCCAAUAGCAUUGGUCACGACGCGCCGCUGUCGACCGGUCCCACCGUGCUCGCCGAGAUGCACGGCAUGUACAAGCGGGGUUUGGGCGACCAGGAAGUAGCGCAGGGAAUGGCGACGACAAUGGCUCCUACGCCAAGCCACGAGCUCCUCGAGGAAGACGAAGACGCGAUGGACGAAGAAGACGAGCGCGAGCGCCGAGCGAUGGCGCAGCAUCGCCAAGAAGAGAUGGCUCAGGAAGCCGAGUGGGAGCAUCUCCAGACGUUCCAGGAGGCGCCGCGAGAGACGGCGUUCCGCAUCAUCAAGUGGAAUGAAGCCCUGGAACACUUUGGGUCGGCCUCCUACUGCUUGGGGUACCGCGAAGCGAUCGUGGUCGCCGACGACUCGGGGCGCCGGGGCUGCUUUGCUUGCUUUCGCGGCCCGACGUUGGCGUUCCCGAUGGCCAGCAAUCAGCGCGAACUGCUUUUUUGCAUCGCCAUGUGCAGCUUCAACAGCGCGAUCCCAGAGCACUACCGCAUGCUGCAGACCGUAUACCAAAAGAUCACCCACUGCCGCAACGAGUGCCCGCUCACGGGGUCGCACUGGGAAGUGCUGGGGUUCCAAGGCAACGACCCGGCCACGGACCUUCGCGGCGCCGGCAUGCUCGCGCUGCUCCAGGUGCUGUACCUCAUCGAGAACCACCAAGAGAUAUCCUUUUUCAUCGUCGACGAUUUCCAUUAUGCGUCCAAGCACGAGGAGCACCAUUUUCCCAUGAUGUGCGUCCUCAUCAACAUGACGCUGCAUACGAUGCUCGCGCUGCGCUCAGGCGCGCUCAUCCCGGCCUGCAACCGAUUCAAGGACGUGGCUGCCGGCAUGAACCAGCUGUACGUCUCCAUGGUGGUCAAGCUCCUCUCCGAGUGGCAGACCAAGGCUUGUGCGGACGCUGCCUUUCCAAUGGUCAUGAAGGACGUGCUCGACCUCGGGAAGGACAACCCACUCCGGCUCAUCGCCGAGAUGGAGCACGUGAUCCAUACCUUCCAGCAUCAACCGACGACGAUGGAGCUGGAUGGCGAGGUCGUCGACUUCACCGACAUCGAAUGA